AUGGCUCAACCUGGCGUCCAGUCGUUAAAGUGUGUCGUGACCGGCGACGGUGCCGUUGGCAAGACAUGUCUUCUCAUCUCGUACACCACCAAUGCCUUCCCGGGCGAGUACAUUCCGACAGUGUUAGUUUCUCCCCCUUGCCAUCCCCCUAUCGACGCGGAUACCUGCAGAACUCAUGGAAUCGAGCAUCUGCUGACGUUGGGCCCGUGCCAUCUUAGAUUUGAUAACUACUCGGCCAGUGUCAUGGUAGAUGGCAAGCCCAUCAGCCUGGGACUAUGGGAUACCGCAGGUCAGGAAGAUUACGACCGAUUGCGACCAUUGUCAUAUCCUCAAACCGACGUCUUCCUGAUUUGCUUCUCCCUGGUGUCCCCCCCUUCAUUCGACAACGUCAUGGCCAAGUGGUACCCGGAGAUCGACCAUCACGCCCCUAAUAUCCCCAUCAUCCUAGUUGGAACCAAGCUCGACCUUAAAGAUGACCCCAAGACUAAGGACGAGCUGAAAAAGAAGAAAAUGCAGGCGGUGGAAUACGAACAGGCACUGGCCUGCGCACGGGAGAUCAAGGCGUACAAAUACCUAGAGUGCUCUGCCCUCACCCAGCGUAAUCUAAAAAGCGUGUUCGACGAGGCGAUCCGGUAA